AAAAACAUCAAUAAUACUCUUGGUACUCCGUGUUCUCGGACGUAUAUCAGUCCAAACGCAGGGCCUCGUCCAGAUAGUGUUGAUCUUGAAAAAAUCGACCGUUUCAACAAACGAACAAAAAGUGCAAUGUUGUCAAGGAACACGACGCAAAGUUCUAUCAAGGAAGACACCAAUUCUGUCCGCGAGAAUUUGAUAAAAGCAAUGACGCGCACGAACUUCGUAUGCUAGUAAACAACAGGUAAGAUGACCUACUUGUUCCCCUGGUUCCAACCCAUUCCUGGUUUCCGUUUCAUUCUAGAUUCGAUGCAGCUUGUACAAACAGUAACAGAUCAAAUAAUGAUGAGUGUCGACUUGAGAGUAGACACGGCAGGAAGAAACACAAUUGUUCUUGAUCCUUCUGAUAACCGCAACUGCGCAUUGUGUCGAAGAUCGUGCGUUGAGGACUCUCUUUGUUGGAGAAGAAUCCUAAUCCUAGUCGUCAUGUUGCGUCAAAAAAAAGAACAAGAAAGUAAAGUUCCUAGAAAAUGUCAGAAAGUGAGAGGAAAUGCUCAGUGAUGGUAAUCGACAACAAGAGGUGCUGUCCGAAGAUGUGAAACGGCAAUGAACCCAUAAGAAAAUUUUUGAGUGAAUCCAAAUCGGACAAUACGAAAAUUCCAUCAAUGGCGUUCCGCAACACGGUCAAAUCGCCGUAUGAAGAGAAUUAUGCAACACGUUGUUCAUGCAACAACAUCUUUGUUUUCGUGUCGUUUGAUCUUUUGUAAUGACGACAAAUACGAAGUACCUGUAUGAUGGAUCUUCUUGGUUCUUAUAUCUAAAAAUUGAAUGAAAAAAUAUGGAUCGUCAUCAUUUUCGGUUGUACCUGUUGAUGAUGAGUAAUAUCUGCAGGUCGACUAUGUUGGAUAAAAUUUCCUUUUGUUGUUCUGGUCAUUCACAAUUGUCUUGAUCGGUUUUAAUGAUUCGUUUAAAAGCGAGCUUCGGCGCAUGAUUUUACUUACUUAGUUUCUACUAGUGCGUCAAGAUAUAAUCAUUGAUUGAGUACUGAAUUUUCUGAUUGUCGUUAUGCCAUUUUCCCCAAUAUUGGCCCGCCUCUACUUUCUUUCCUGUUUCUUUCGCCUCAUUGGCUCUUGUCCUUUCUUUUUUCCGCAAGCUGCAUCGGUUAAAGCCUGCCCUCAACCGCCCUUGCUGUCGUGGUGAUUCCUCCUGCCAGACUUUGCGGCUGGAGAUGGCGACCCAGGCGCUCGCCAGAGAAGACGCGAUCGCUAGCCAUCAAAUCAGCAAUAGUCAAAACAAGAACGCACCGAGGAGACAAGUCAAUGAGCUACCUCUUUAAAGGGAACGGCUUGACGUAUUGCCUUUUGCGAACAACCCAUCAUUAAUUAUCUCUCUACGUUCGUUGCAGUUGCACUGGGACUUGCACUGAAACAUGGUGGAGGACAAGCGAUGAUGAUAUCUGGACAUUCUGAAUAUAAUUGACUUUCAUCAAUCCUGAAUACGAAUAGUUGAUGCAAAGCGUGGAGGUCCAGUAGUCUUGCAGUGAAGAUGCUCUUUUGUUCACACCCGUUAGAAAAAGUUAAAGGUCUUUUGGAACAGCACUAGUGAAUGAACAAAGAAGAAGAGGGAGGAGCAGCUAGUUCGCAAAAAUUCCAUUGUCGUUGUGAGCAUUGACUGUUCGCAACUUGUGAAGCGUAUGGAUCUCUUUUUUGAGCGCGUGCCAGCUCUCAGAAAAACGAUGUGGAAAACUCUGUAGAUCCGCUUUGAAGAUCGAGUACCGACGGUGUUGCGGAUAUCGAGCCUAUCACGUAUAGAUACAUAGGAAAGCCAAGUACUCACAUCAUCAGAAAUUUUUUCACUAAGACGUUUUACUAGCGAACCUGAGUUUAUGGAUUCUGAGAGAACCUGAACUUAGUCAGCAGCUCAAGUUCUCGUCGAUCUUCAUUCCCAGGCUUAUUUCACGUGAGAGGCAGAGACAGAGAAUAUCCAUGUUCUUCUUAUCGCACCGGGCGAUGAAGGCUAGAGUGCCCCAUUUCAACUUAACCGUGUGUGUUGAUAAUGGUAGCAAUUAGUAGCGAUGGAAUGUCGACUUGACAUCUAGAAAUCUCCCGUCUUUAUCAGGCCAUCUAAAACUGAUGGUUUAUCUCACCAGCAGCACCAUCUUCUAGUACUCCCCUGUCUCCUCUGGUUUUCACUUCUUUCUUUUCUCCCAUAUCUUGUUUAGUCACUUGAAGGAACAAG